AAAUCUAAAUACAAUGUAGUUGGAAAGGGGUUUAAAUAAUGAUCGCCCUCCACACUACUGAUGGAAUGGUGAAGAUGUACCACUGGAUUGGACAUCCACUGAACCACUCACCGCUUUCAACAUAAGAUUGGAUGAUCUGAUGCCAGUUGACAUGUGUUUUCUUAAGAACACAGAGAACAACAAGACAGUGGCUCUCAUUACGAAGGACUCCACCGGUCGCUACCUCAAACUGGCAAUAGUCUCUGUGCAAGACAAGGAACUCAUCAAACCGUUCAAACCGUCGGCCAUUGAAUCCCAGGCAUCUCUCCUCCAUCCUCUGUCAUCGGGAGGCGUGCUGGUGGUUGGCAGCGAGACACUGGCUGUGUAUGGGACAGUCCAUCAUUCCGUCGACUUCCCCAUUCUUAAAGAGUGUGUCAUAUCAUGUGUGGGAGCUGUUGACUCGUCCCGCUAUCUCCUUGGAGAUGCCAAUGGCCGGCUACUCAUGCUCUUUAUUGAGACUGAACAGUCCAUUGACACAGAGCAGACCAACAUUACCAUGAAACUGGAAGUUCUUGGAGAGACGGUGUCUCCAUCGUGUAUUGCCUACCUUGACAACGGAGUGACGUUUGUCGGAUCAUGUCUUGGAGACUCACAACUCUGCAAGCUGUCUUCGGCGGCAGAUGAGAGCGGGGGUUACGUGGAGAUCCUGGAGACGUUCACCUGUCUGGCUCCCAUUCUGGACAUGAGUGUCGUAGACGUGGACCAGCAAGGACGUGACGUGGUGGUGACUUGUUCAGGGUUUGGAAGGAACGGAUCUCUCAGGCUGGUUAGGAGUGGCGUGGGGAUCAACGAACAGGCCUCCAUCGACCUGGCCGGGGUGAAAGGGGUGUGGUCUCUUCGCUGUGGAACCGAGAUGGCUGAGUCUGAUAAUACUCUGGUCCUCGCCUUCGUCGGACAGACCACUGUACUGAGUCUGAAGGGGGAGGAGGUAGAGGAGACGGAACUCGAAGGAAUUGCUGCUGAUCAACAAACUCACUACUGCUCCAACGUCAUUGGCAACAAGAUCCUACAGAUCACAGGGCAGAGUGUCAGACUGAUCAAUGAAGAGACUCUGCAGCUUGUCAGCAAAUGGGCUCCUCCCUCUGGUAAAGGUAUCAGCACGGGAUCAUGUGGAGGGUCACAUGUGGUAGUUGUUGUGGGCAACGAACUAUUCUGUCUAGAUAUUCAGGAUUCUUCACUCCACCAACUCAGUCAUGUGACAUUGGAGCACGAGAUAGCGUGUGUGGAUGUGAGGGUUCUAAAGGGUGACUCGGGCACCAGUAACAUCUGUGCCGUUGGUCUCUGGACGAACAUAUCGGCAAGAGUUCUGCGGCUUCCCUCUUUGGAUACACUUCACACACAGCCGCUCGGAGGAGAUAUUCUUCCUCGAUCCAUUCUGGUCGCUGAAUUUGACACCCGGACAUACCUCCUGGUUGCCCUUGGCGACGGGACACUCCACUACUUCCAGAUGGACCCUGACUCAGGUAUGUAUCCAUGACAGCAGAAACUUUAUCCGUACAACAUUUCUAUUCCGUUUAAACCCAUCAGUUUUACAAUUGCAUGCAACGGUGUCUAUAAGUUAACCCUGUGGACGCCAUUGGGUAUCUGCUUCAAUAAGCAGAAAUUGAUGUAUAAAGUAUUAGCACCUCGU